AUGAGAUUAAAAUUAUUGGGUGAGGAAGCUAAAAAUAAGUGGGGUGUGAGACUGAGUAGGUUUCAGUUAUCUAGAGCUAGAGUCAAGGCACAGAAGAUGAUUGAAGGGGGAACCUUAGAGCAAUACAAGCAUCUCAGAAGUUAUGGUGAAGAAUUGAGAAGAAGUAAUCCAGGGAGCACAGUGGUGAUCAAAACCAUGGCAGGGGCUGGUGUAGCUGUAUUUGAGAGGAUAUAUGUAUGUCUAGCUGCAUGUAAAAGAGCUUUUGCCACCACAAGUAGACCUCUAAUUGGUUUAGAUGGGUGUUUUCUCAAAGGUUUUUAUGGUGGGCAACUCUUAACUGCAGUUCGAAAGGAUGGUAACAAUCAGAUGUAUCUUAUAGCUUAUGCAGUUGUGGAGGCAGAGACAAAAGACUCUUGGGAUUGGUUUCUAGAUUUGUUACUAUUUGACUUAAACAGUAUUCAGAACAAGAGAUGGUGCUUCAUCUCUGAUCAACAGAAGGGACUUGUUCCUACACUGGUAGCCAUGGAUGAGAAUGUUGAUAACAGAUUCUGUGUUAAACAUCUGUAUGCAAACUUCAGGAAGAAAUACCCGGGGGAUGAAAUGAAAGGAGCAUUGUGGAAUGCUGCAAGGGCAUGUACUGUGUCAUGGUGGGAAAAGGCCAUGCUCAAAAUCAAAGAAUUGAAUGAGGAUGCUUGGAAUGACUUGAAGCAGGUCCCUAUGAAACAAUGGAGCAGAGCUGGCUAUAGCACAUACCCUGUAUGUGACUUGCAGGUUAAUAACAUGUGCGAAGCCUUCAACAAAGCAAUCCUAGAGUAUAGGGAUAAACUUAUAAUCAACUUACUUGAAGGAUUGAAAAUCUAUCUCAUAAAUAGGAUUGUGAAGCAAAGGGAUGUGGUUCUUAGGUACCAGGGAGAGCUAUGUCCAGCCAUUCAGAAGAAGUUAGAGGUGUCUAAGAGAGACUCUACUGCCUGGCUUCCAGUGAAUGUUGGUGAUCAAAACAAUGCUCUGUUUGAGGUGACAAAUGGCACAUGGAAGUAUGCUGUGAACUUGGCUGCAAAGACUUGUGCAUGCAGAAGGUGGGACCUAACUGGCAUCCCUUGCUGCCAUGUUGUUGCUUGCUCAUGGAAAAGUACAUUUUUGAGGACUUAUGAGAAUAUCAUUUUGCCAUGCAAUGGUCCUGACUUGUGGCCUAGCCCAGGGGACAAUGUCUUGCCAAUUGUACCACUAGAAAUGAGAAGGGCACCAGGAAGGCCAAAGAAAAAAAGGGUCAAGGCAGCUGAUGAGCCAAGAGAUCCACAUAAGCUCAGUAGAAUUCAAUGCACAGUAUUCUGUGGAAACUGUAGAAGGUCAGGCCACAACAUCAGAUCAUGCAGAGCUAAAACAGCUGCUGACAUUGUUAUUCCACCAGGAUGGAAUAAGAAAAAUAAGAAGAAAAGUAAGGGGGCAAGUGGCAGUGGAACUCAAGGAGCAAAUGAAGGAGGAUCUGAGCCACCUACUCAGGGUUCUGUGUUUAAUGAUGGUGUAUUGAGUCAGCAAAGAUCAUCACAAGCAGGAAGUGCCAAUAACUGA